AUGACAACUGAAAUGUAUGAUGAACUAUUCGAGAGGGUCCGCCAUCGCCUCUGGAAACAGUACAUCUGGUACAGGGAGCCCUUGGAUCCAGGCCUCAAGUUAGCUGCCACUCUACGCCACCUGGUUUCUGGUGCCAAGUACUCAUACAUGCAGUACUCAUGGAGGGUCACUGAGAAUACCCUCUCUGAAGUAGUUAGAGAAGUCUGUCAUGCUAUAUGUGAGGAAUAUGUUGAUGAGGUAACGACAGCCCCUUCCACACCUGAAGAAUGGAAACAACUGGCUGAUGGGUUCCUCAAGAAGUUGAACUUUCCUAAUUGUGUUGCUGCCAUUGAUGGCAAACAAAAAGCCAUCAGAAAAUCUGCCAGCUCUGGUUCCUUAUCUUUUAAUUAUAAGGGUUUCUUCAGCAGCAGCUUACUGGACAUUGUCGACUCAGACUACAAGUUCGUUUAG